GCCCUCUACAGGGACGUCAUGCAGGAGAACUACCUCGCUGGAGGGUGCUGGGAUGGUGAAUGAGGAGGAGAAUCCACAGCGGGAAGGUGUUGAGGAUGUGGAUCUGCAGGGAACGGUAUUGGGAAGAUCCAAAGGGGAUUUUUAUGAGAAUCGAUAACCAGGAAAAGCCUGUGGAAAUCAUAGCAGGUCAGAGAUGCUGCUGGGAUAUGACCCAGAGAAGAAAACAUGUGAACCCAUAAAUGAUGGUGGAGAUUGCAAGGACCUCGAGGAAACCACAGCCCAGCAGAGUAUGCUCACAGAAGAGAGAAAAAACACAUGUACCGAGUGUGGGAAAAGCUUCAGUCGAAGUUCACAUCUUAUUUCCCAUCAGAGGAUCCACACGGGAGAGAAACCCUACAAGUGUCUAGUCUGUGGGAAAGGUUUCAAUCAGAGCUCAAACCUUAUUUCCCAUCAGAGGAUCCACACGGGAGAGAAACCCUAUAAGUGCCUUAAUUGUGGGAAAGGUUUCAAUCAAAGUUGCCAUCUUAUUAGGCAUGAGAGAACCCACACAGGUGAGAAACCGUAUAAAUGCCUGGAGUGCGGGAAAACCUUCAUUCAGAGUUCAGAUCUUAUUUCACAUCAGAGAACCCACACAGGAGAAAGACCCUUUAAAUGCCUGGACUGUGGGGAAAGUUUUGAUUGGAACAUGCAGCUUGUUAGACAUCAGAUGCACCACACGGGAGAGAAACCCUACAAAUGCUUGGAUUGUGGGAAGAGGUUUAGUGAUAGUUCAGCCCUUAUUACUCACCAGCGACUGCACACGGGAGAGAGACCCUAUAAAUGCCUCGAUUGUGGCAGAAGAUUCAAUCGGAGCUCACACCUGACUCGACACAAGAGAACCCAUUCUGGAGACAAACCCUAUAAAUGCCUGGAGUGUGGGAAAAGUUUCAGUCAGAGCUCAUACCUUAUUUCACAUCAGCGAACACAUACAGGAGAGAAACCCUAUAAAUGCCUUGAGUGUGGGAAAAGAUUCAGUUGGAGCUCAGAUCUGAUUUCACAUCAAAGAACUCACACAGGAGAGAGACCCUAUAAGUGCCUGGACUGUGGGAAAAGUUUUAGUGACAACUCAGCCCUUAUUAAACAUCAGAGAAUCCAUACAGGAGAAAGACCCUAUAAAUGCCUUGACUGUGGGAAAACUUUCAAUCAGAGCUCCACCCAUAUUCGACAUCAGAGAAUCCACACAGGAGAAAAACCUUGAAUGUGGGAGAAGCUUCAGUUGGGGUCAGCGUGUAUGGGGCAUUAGCAAAUUCAUAUAGGGAAAAGACCUCUUAAAUACUUUAUGCAUAGAACAUGUUUCAAGUGGAAUUGACACUGGAGACUCCACACAGAAGAGAAAUUUUAUCAAUUCUAUUACUAGGAAUGGCCAUAGUUUAUUAAAAAAGAAUCCAAUUCCCCUGCACACGUCUUUCACACUAAGUCAGACUCAUGAGGGCUGGAGAUGAGUGUCUCACACCUGGAGGGGGGAUUUGUAUAAAUCCCAAACACAGCCUGAUACUUCUGAGCUUCGUUCCCUGGUUCCAUCUAUGGGUAAAACUGCUUCUGGGCUGUUUCCUACCCAGCUCAGAUUGCAGAAGGGAAUUUGGGUUUUCUCCUUACAUUAGGAUGAUGAUAAAACUUUUGUAAAUAACAUGAUCAUAUAAGAAGGCUCCAAAUGAGGCAGGUUAGGGGAAACCAGGAGUAAAUCUAUUCUCCCGAGUUUGAGUCAGAAGAGACAUGCUCUGGGAUGUCACUUUCGAUGAACCUAACCGUAUUGUACAGCCCGGUCUGUAUUGUGGGUUGUUCUCUCUUUGCUGAAGGCCUUUUGGUCACAUGGAAUCAUAGAAUGUAAGGCUAGAAGGGAUCACAGGCCACCAACCCCACCCAGCAUCCACACACUAAGCCCUACAAUGGAAGUUAAAUACUUCCUGUCUUUGGGUGUUAAUUUAGUUUGAUGUGAUGAAAAGCCAAUUUACCGGGGACUUCACAAGACAAAUGACCCUUUGCCAGAAGAGGCCUUUUUAAAUUUUAUUUGGCCUUUUCCCCCACCCAAUGCCAUGAGAUAUCUGUGGUGUUUGAACAAUUAUAAUUCUAAAUAACCACAAUAAACAAACACCAAUGAGCGAGUGUGAGAGUUGCAGUCUGAGAGGCAGAGACUGAAAUGGGGAUGAAGGUCACUGCCUGAUCCCUGCAAUGAGGUGAGAUCCUGUCAGGAACGGGGAGAGUGUAGGAAGUGGGAGAUGCAGACCUGGGAAACUGCAGGGUUUUCUCUUGAGAGCCAGACAGCUGAGGCUGAGAACUGUGAACUUGCUGCACUGGGGCCUGAGAGAGACAGAGGCUGUUCUACAGAUGUUGGGUGAAGCCGUCCUGGAAUAGUAAAGGGCUACAUAAAGGAUCAGGCUGAUUAUUAUGAAUCAUGUUAAUUACGGUAGGGCUUAAGGGCCCACUAAGAAAGGGUCUUCCUUGUGCUAGGCACUGUGCAAACAGAGGAGCAGAU